UCAAUUUGAAUGUCUGAGUCAAUAUGCUGCAUUUGCGGCUCACGGGGAAACCCGACAACAACACUUCAUCUCUUAACAAUGUCGUUUAUCGAUGUCAUGGUCAAACCGAGUUAGGCCGUCAAACGAUGACUAAAAUUAUCAGAAAAGUUGUGUUAGCUUAUGUUGUGCGAAGUUACAUUAGCUAAGCUUUUGUAGUCCUGUUACUGGCACAAAAUGACACAAUUAAAGUGCAAAAUUCAAAGUCUCACUCGAAUUAACUUUUUUUCAGCCAGUGAUAUUCAAAAUUCAGCAAGCCAUAAAUAGCCAAAAAAUAUAAUCCUUUACGCCCACAAGAAUAAACGCGUUUUGCGUAUUUAUCGGUAUUCGUGUGAGUACAAAAUGACCGGUUGAAAAGUAUUUUGUUAAGGGAAAGUUGUUUUCCCGAUCUUUCCAUGUACCCUGAACACAGCAUUGAAGUCGUUCCACGUUUCCCAUGAUGCAUUGCGAAAAAAAAGACCCGGCGGGGACAUUCAAAACUAUGGCAGAAAACUCCACCAUAUUAAAGCUAACAUCAAACUCAGAAGAUACGCAACAUACCUCCAUUAUCAACAGCAGAGACAACGUGUUUACGGGAUGCCUGUCGUUGUCUUCAGAGCCGAAUAUGACACGUAAAGUCCAAACGAUACAAAGUGUUACCGACGACUCCAACUCAUGCCGACCGUCUGCGGAAGUAGCCGAGCAGCUCACACCGCAGGCCGUAAACACACGCUUAAAGGCGAAAAGUGAAACAGAAGAGAAAGAAGUCUCCACUGAACAUCGACUUCAGUUAAAACAGCAUAGUGCGAACAACACCGAAGACAAGGAAAACAUCGUCAUGUCCUCCACAAGCAGCCCUACAGAUAACGCCCAAGAUGAGGACACUUCUGGUCAGAGGAGUUUGCCAGAUGCCAGCGUGACUGCCAGUAAACAACACAGUAACACAGAGGACAGUGAUUUGGAGGUGAUGAGGAGAGCGCGGGAGGAAGGCCGUGUGAACGUGGUCUUCCCUGGCACUGUAACUCAGGACGGCUGCUGCCGCUUCGUUAGUGAGAUCCUCAAGUGCAUCCUCUAUCAGAGACAGCAACUGCCCAUGACGUAUGACCAGCUGGUGUACUCCCAGAAGAAACAGCAAGCUACAAUGCAGGAUAAAGACACAGUGAGUCGGAGGCCGGUGCAGUCUGCAGACAUGGACUGGCGUAAGUGUCAACAGACCCUUCAGGAGCUAGAAGAGGUGCUGCAGCAGCUGGAGGUGCUUUUUUCUCUUAGCAGGGUGCCGCGUGUGCUGCUGCUAAUGGGGGGCUCCCUCAUCCUCCCUAAAGAGCUAUAUGAGAUCAACAUGGAGGCUCUGGUAUUGGCUGCUGGUGAUCAAUGUCUACGGGUGUCCUCUUGCUUAAGGCAAAUCUUCCGCACUCUUUUCGUGGCUGACCUUUUGUCUGACACCAGACCUGUUCGUUUAAUGCCCACCACAGUCUUGGCACUGGCUCACAGGGAUUGCGGUGUAGGUUGGUUUCGCCCUAAACUGCAAUUUAAAGUGCCAACCCGUGUAAAGAACCAAAUUAUUGCUCUGUCUACUGAUCCCAGCACCUGUAAGGAGCCGAGGGCACAGGGGUCAGACUGGCAGGAUUAUGUGUGGUUUCAGGCUCCAAUGACUAUCAAGGGCUUUGGCAAAUGACCCAAAAAGUUGGGCAGCACAUAAUCUUAAAGUGGAGUUUUCUUUCUGUAGCAUGUGUACUACAAUAACAUUUUAAUGGUGGUUAAAAUACAUUUUGAACUUGAAUUUUGAAUUGUCCGUAUUUUAAUGAAUUAUGAGUUACAGUUUUUCUACUUGUGAUUAAAAGUAUGUCACUUAAAA